AUGGCAGGAACAGAGACAUGGGCCAAGUUCAGCCAGGACUCCAGAGCAUCAGGCAAGUUGGUGAUGAUAGGAAAGAUUCAGGAGCAAUUUGAGCAAUUGUACUUCUCCAUUGGCAACUUGUCCUUCCUCAACCUCUGCUAUUCCUCUGUCUACACCCCCAAGAUCCUUCUGAACUGCAUCUCUGAGGACAAGAGCAUCUCCUUUGCUGGGUGUGCUGCUCAGUUCUUUGUCUCUGCUGGCCUGGCCUGCACUGAGAGCUACCUGCUGGCAGCCAUGGCCUAUGACAUAAGGGCCAUCUCCAACCCACUGCUCUAUGCUGCUGCCAUGUCCAAGAAGCUCUGCAUAGGGCUGGUGCUCACCUCCUACCUCAGUGCCUUCGCCAGCUCUACCCUCAUUGCCAGCUACACGUUCACCCUCAGCUGUGACUCCAUCGUCAUCAAUGACUUCUGUGACCUGCUCCCACUGCUGAAGCUCUCCUGUGAUGUCACAGACAGCUACCAGGCCCUCCUCUACUUCAUCCUCACCUUCAACAUCAUCCUCCCCUCUGCACUCAUCCUCAUGUCCUGUGUCUCCAUCCUGGUUGUUAUCCUGAGGAUGCUCUCGACCGAUGGGCAGCGCAAAAAAGCCUUCUCCCCCUCUGACACCCACCUCACCACCAUCACCCUUUACUAUGGCUCCAUCCUCUUCAUUUACACUCAACACAGCUCCUCCUGUGUCCUGGAGAGGGACAAGGUGGUCUCUGUGCUUUACACCCUGGUGACUCCCAUGCUGAAGCCCUUCAUCUGCAGCCUGAGGAACCAGGAGGUGAAGGAGGCACUGAAGACACUGCUCAAGAGACAGACAGCUUCCUAA